GAGAGGGAGGGAGGGUCAGAUCAGAGGGACAUAGCAAUCAGGGCUUUAGCAACAAGGAGAGGCUAGGAUUGCUCUCAAAUCCAUAACACUACUAAAAAAAAACCCUUAUCUUAUCAUCUCCCUAACCUUUUUCACAGGAUUUCCUCCCUCCUUUUUUCAAAGAAAACAAAACAGAUAAAGGUCUCUCAAACCAACCCUACCUCACUUGUUUCUUCUCUUCUUUCUGCAUGUCUUCAUCCAUUCUUCUCCCACUAAUCAACAAUUAAGCACAUUGCUUUGGACUAAUUUUAAAGUUUAAUCUAAGUUUCAGCUGCAAUUUCAGGGAUAUAACUGUUUCUUUCACAGAAAAAAAAAGGGGUUAUAGAAAAUGGCCCCAAGGUCAAGCAGGGGCAAGUCCAAUAAGGCAAAUGCAGAGAAGAAGAAGAAAGAAGAAAAAGUUGUUCCUAGUGUUCUUGACAUCACUGUCAUUACUCCCUAUGAAUCACAAGUUGUGCUCAAGGGUAUCUCCACUGACAAGAUACUUGAUGUAAGAAGGCUGUUGGCUUCUCAUGUGCAGACUUGCCACCUUACAAGUUAUUCUUUAGCUCAUGAGGUCAAAGGGAAGAGAUUGAAUGACAAAGUAGAAGUGGUUACUCUGAAACCAUGUUUGCUCAAAAUGGUUGAUGAGGACUACACGGAAUCUCAGGCGGUGGCUCACGUGCGGAGACUCCUAGACAUCGUAGCGUGCACCACCAGGUUCUCGAAGCCCAAACGACUCCGAUCACAAUCAUCAUCGGGGCCGUCUGAUUCAAAACCCAAAAAGGUCUAUAGUAGGCCCCACCAGGCGUCCGAUGGAGGAGAAGGAUCAACACCGGAAAAGACGUCGAUUUCGGCUGCGAUUUCGGAGAGCAUGGACAUGGCUGUCAUUCAUCCUACCCCGAAAUUAUCGGAGUUCUAUGAUUUCUUUUCAUUCUCUCACCUCACUCCUCCCAUUCUCAAUUUGAGGAGAUGUGACCCCAAGGAUGUAGAAGAGCGGCUUGAUGGUGACUAUUUUGUAAUGCAGAUAAAGAUCUGCAAUGGGAAGUUAAUACAGGUGGUUGCUUCGGUAAAAGGUUUUUAUACCGUGGGAAAGCACUUCCUCCAGAGCCACUCUUUGUUAGAUCUUUUGCAAAAUCUCAGCCAAGCCUUUGCCAAUGCAUAUGAAUCCCUUAUGAAGGCUUUUGUAGAACACAAUAAGUUUGGUAAUCUUCCCUAUGGAUUUCGUGCAAAUACAUGGCUUGUCCCUCCCUCUGUUGCUGAGUCUCCAUCAAACUUUCCCUCUUUCCCAUUAGAAGAUGAACAAUGGGGUGGUAAUGGUGGGGGCCAGGGAAGAAAUGGUGAAUAUGAUCUUCGGCCAUGGGCUACAGAUUUUUCAAUAUUGGCUAGCCUUCCUUGCAAAACCGAGGAGGACAGGAUUGUCCGAGAUCGCAAGGCCUUUUUGCUCCAUAGCCAAUUUAUUGAUGUCUCAAUCUUUAAAGCUGUUGCAGCAAUACAGCAUGUUAUCAAUUCCAGGUUAAAUGCCAAGGGCACUGUAAAUUGCCAUCCGGAUUCAGUCCUUCAUGAGGAUCGCAUAGGUGACUUGUCAAUUAUAGUAAAACAUGAUUUGGCAGAUGUGAAUCUCAAGUCUGAGGUAAAGGCUGAUGGUCAUCAAUCAACUGGCAUGACUGCUAAUGAAACUGCUCAAAGGAAUUUACUUAAGGGGAUAACUGCAGAUGAGAGUGUGGUUAUUCAUGAUACUUCGUCAUUGGGCACUGUCAUUGUUAGACAUUGUGGGUACACUGCAGUUGUAAAAGUUGUUGGUGACGUGAAGAAGGAGAAGUCUGGUGCUCAGGAUAUUGAAAUUGAUGAUCAAUUAGAUGGAGGAGCUAAUGCUCUUAAUAUUAACAGUCUAAGGGUUUUACUUCACAAGUCCUGCCCUGCAGAAUUAACUGGAGGAGGCCAAUCACAUCAAUCCAACCUGAAUGAUUCUGAAGCUUCUAGAUCUCUUGUUCAGCAAGUGAUUAAAGAAAGCUUGACCAAAUUAGAGGAGAAGUUGGUUGCUAGUGAAAGGUUUAUCAGAUGGGAACUAGGUUCUUGUUGGUUGCAACAUCUACAAAAGCAGGAAACUUCAACAGAUCCUACUUCAAGUGGACUUGCUAAUGAUCAUGAGGCUGAACCUGCUGUCAAAGGUCUUGGGCAGCAAUUUAAAUUUUUAAAGAAAAGAGAUAAAAAACUAAGCAAUGUCAGUAGCACAAUUGACAAGGAAGAAAAUGAUUCUAAGUCAUGCAGUAUGGAUGUGAAGUCUAAUCUAGGACAGCAAAGCAAUGGUGACUCCAGCAGUGAGAUGGAAUUGAAGAACAUGAUUUCUGAAGAAGCCUUCUUGCGUCUUGAAGAAAGUGGAACUGGUCUUCACUUAAAGGUAAUGGACUUUGGAUCACUUGAACUUUCUCCUGUUGAUGGCCUUACACUAACUGACUUUAUGCAUUUAAGGGGACUACAGAUGCGCUCUUUGGGUCGUGUGGUUGAACUGGCUGAGAAGCUACCUCACAUACAAUCACUUUGCAUCCAUGAGAUGGUUACUCGAGCUUUCAAGCAUAUAUUAAAAGCAGUUUUUGCAUCUGUUGACAAAUUUGAGGACUUACCUGCAGCUAUAGCUUCAUCCCUUAAUUUCUUACUUGGAAAUAGUGGAGUGGAAGAUAAUGAUCAAAAUGCGAAUGAUGACUAUUUUCUAAAAGUGAGGUGGUUAAGAAAGUUUCUUGCUGCAAAAUUUGGUUGGAAACUGAGAGAUGAAUUCCAGCAUUUAAGAAAACUAUCCAUUCUUUGUGGUCUUGGCCGUAAGGUUGGGCUUGAGUUGGUUCCUAGAGAUUAUGAUAUGGAAUGCCCAAAACCCUUCAGAAGUUGUGAUAUUAUUAGCUUGUAUCCUGUCUGUAAGCAUGUAGGAUGCUCUUCUGCUGAUGGCCGAACAUUGUUAGAAUCAUCCAAGAUUGCUCUUGAUAAAGGAAAACUAGAGGAUGCGGUUAAUUACGGGACAAAGGCAUUGGCAAUGAUGAUGGCUGUAUGUGGUCCCUACCAUCGAACUACUGCAAGUGCUUACAGUCUUCUUGCUGUGGUUCUCUACCAUACUGGAGAUUUCAAUCAGGCAACUAUAUAUCAACAGAAAGCUUUGGAUAUUAAUGAGAGGGAGCUUGGUCUUGACCAUCCGGACACAGUGAAAAGCUAUGGGGAUCUUUCUGUAUUUUAUUAUCGGCUCCAACACAUGGAAAUGGCUUUGAAAUAUGUAAACCGUGCUUUAUUCCUUCUUCAUUUUACUUGUGGAUUGUCUCACCCAAACACUGCUGCAACCUAUAUAAAUGUGGCUAUGAUGGAAGAAGGCAUGGGAAAUGUUCAUGUUGCUCUCAGAUAUCUACAUGAAGCUCUAAAGUGCAACCGGAGACUAUUAGGCGCAGAUCACAUACAGACGGCUGCAAGCUAUCAUGCCAUUGCCAUUGCUCUUUCAUUGAUGGAAGCAUAUUCUUUAAGUGUGCAACAUGAGCAAACUACACUCAAGAUACUUAAAGCAAAACUCGGACCAGAUGACCUCCGUACACAGGAUGCUGCUGCUUGGCUUGAAUAUUUUGAAUCAAAAGCUUUAGAGCAGCAAGAAGCAGCACGAAAUGGAACUCCCAAGCCUGAUGCAUCCAUUGCUAGCAAAGGUCAUCUUAGUGUAUCAGAUCUCCUCGAUUACAUUAGUCCUGAUCAAGAUUCUAAAGGAAGUGAUGUGCAGAGGAAACAGCGGCGUGCCAAGGUGUUACAGAUUAGUGAUAUAACCCAUGAUACACAUGAGAAGUUUGUAACAGAUAGUUCUAUGUUCCUUGAUGUCUCAGAGAAGCCUAUGGGUACCACAGAUAGUAAUGAAAUAGAAAUGGUGGCUUCUAUUCAUCUUGAAGAACCAGAAGAAACUGAUUAUAAUACUAGAAUUGAGCCAACAGUCACUAACGAAGUUGUUGAAGAGACAAAUUCAGAUGAAGGGUGGCAAGAAGCCAAUUCGAAAGGGCGUUCAGGAAAUGCUGCUGGAAGGAGGUCUGGUAGGAACAGACCAGUUCUUGCAAAGCUAAAGGUGAACAAUUCCGAAUAUUCAAAUGUUAGAGAAAGUGGGUCAAGGCAAGAAAUUAUUUCACCAGCGAGAAAAAUUGCCUCCAAGAACAUUGUAAAGGAGGUGCUGCCACUGAAGCAAUCAAAGCCCCGUAGCUCAAGACCUAGGGGGAAUUCGGUUAGAUUACAAGCUUCUGUUUCAAACGGUUUCUUCGCAUCAGCAAAUCUCAGUGCCAUUGCUUCAAAAUCUCUUUCUUACAAAGAAGUAGCUGUAGCACCUCCAGGUACAGUUCUAAAGCCAUUACAGGAGAAGAUAGAAGAACAAAAUGAGGGAAAAACUGGACAGCAGAUGUGCACCAUACCAGCUGAGACGGCAAACCUGGAGGGUGGAAACAAUAUCCCUGUUAUUGAUGAUGUAGUCGAUGAUGAUGAUGAAACUGAAGGAACCCAUGAUAGUGAAAAUCAAUCAGAAGAAACUGCUCCUGAAUUUGAUAAGGUUUCCUCUUGUAAUCAGGAAAAGCCUGUAACAAAGGCAAGUAAGCUAUCGGCGUUAGCUGAACCAUUCAAUCCUGGAGCACUCCACAUGAAUCACCAAAUAAAUUCAGUUGCUGUUACAAGUGUUUAUGAUGUAACAGCUUGUCAAGGCCCGUUUGCAGAGCCUGUUGAACCUCCAGUGGCUGUUCGAGUUCCUUGUGGGUCCUGGUCACAAUUAUAUUACGGAAACAGUCAUUCUUACAGCAUGAAACAUGGCUUUCUGAGAUACCAAACUCCAAUUUUGGAACAAAGUGGAUUUGGACCUCCGAUAGUUAUGAAUCCUCAUGCACCUGAGUUUGUACCCAGCAAAGUUUGGCAAACAACGCCUGGACCUGCUGAUUCAAGUGUCUCAGAUGAGUUGAACUCUUUGGGUGAAGUUAUGAACACAGAAGUGAAGGAAGGUGAUAAGAAAUCCACUAGGGAAGUUAAAGAUUCUAAUUUGCAAAAGAGCAGCUCUGAGGAGAAAUCGGAGCUAGCGAGGCAGAUUUUGCUUAGCUUCAUUGUCAGGUCAGUCAAGCAGAACAUGAAUCCUAAAAAUGAGCCUGCAGUCAGUGACAAAAGGCUGAGCCAUUCGGAAAAUUCUUCAGAUGCAGUUACAAAUGACAGUGCAAUUAUAAAAAUUCUUUACGGGAAUGAAGGCAAGGAUUUGGAUUCUCAAUCCAGUAGCGGUGAAGAACCAAAAACAUUAGAUGUAAAUAAAAAGAAAACCGGGGAUGGCGAAGGAUUUAUAGUAGUAAGGAAACGGAGAAGAAACAGGCAGCAGUUGACAAAUGGAGUAACUGGGUUAUACAAUCAACAAUCAGUCUGUGCUUCUGUUAGGUGAAGAGAUAGCUUGAGAGCAAAACGUGGAAAAUAACAAGAUGAGUGUCAGCCUGUUUAACCCUUUCCAUUUUUUUUUUCUUACCUCCUGGAGUCCGUAUUAACAAGGUAGAAAUGGAUGGAAAAGCAAUUUAGAGACAAACUUCAGAUUUGGUCAAGCUGGUCUUAGUUCCUAUGUACUUUUGAGAUCCGCUUGGGGUUGUGCUUAAUAAUGUCUGUAAACUGGUUUUCUUACUUAGAAAUUUUGUUUGAUCAAAUAAAAAAUGUAAAAAGCUAAUUGGCAAUUUCCA